AUGAAACGGUCCCUCAAUGCAAGUCAGUCAAAAACAUUGUAUUCAGUGAAUGAAAAGCUGAUUGAAAAGCUUAAAAACUGGAAAGAACUUAAAGUGGAUAGCUCAGGAAACUUGAAAAUGAAAGUUAGCAGGCAGAAUGUUUGGGAAAAGCAAAAGAGGAUGUGUGCAAACCUAUCAAGGUUCAGUUCAUUGGAGAACCAGCUGUACGUAGUCGCAGAUCAAGGUGGGCCAUUACUAGAACAUUUUGUGCUGGCAAAUUCUGCUGCUCAAGAAAGGUUGAUGUCACAGUCUGUUUUUAGACACAAUAUCUCAGCCUUACAACACAGGGAGUAUUAUGCAUUUGGGCAGUUUACUGCACUUGGCCUAUUACAAGGAUCUCCCGGCCCUAGAUGUUUCUCUGCAGUUGAUUAAAUUUUGAGAGGAAAUAUUGAAGACCUCGUGCUCUCUAUUGAUGAAAUCCCAAAUCAUGACAUAAAGACCAGUGUUAUUGAAUUGGAGGAACUCCCAAAUGCUGAUGAAUUCAGAGAAAAAGCAAGCUUUGAAAGUGAAUUCCAAUUUGAAGCAAGCUACAUGAAACCAUUUGUGACAAAGUCUGAUAAAGAUGAGUUUCUCAUAUGCAUUGCCCUUCACUACACUGUGCUUGUGCCAUUGAGUGAACGUAACCAGUUUGUUAAUGGUUUGAAGAUUUGA